AGCGCGCAAUGGCGGCGGGAGCGGUGCCCGCGGGGCUCUUCGCCGUGUACAAACCGGCGGGGGUGGCGUGGGGCCGCGUCCGCGACGCGGUGGAGACGCGGCUGCUGAGCGAGCUCAACGCAGGCCCCGGCCGCCCCCUACCGCAGCGCAUCCGGUUCCUGCCGACCCCGGGCCGCGAUGGUGGCACCGAGCUGGUGCCCACCCUGGUGCCGGUGCUGGCCGAGCACCCCCUCGUGCGAGGCCCGCGGUUCAGGCGGCUGAAGAUGGGAGCCGGGCACCGGCUGGACGUGAAGGCGUCGGGGGUCUUCGUUCUUGGCAUAGGCCAUGGGAACAAGCUGCUCACCGACCUGUACAACUGCCACCUGAGCAGGGCUUACACCGUCGGUGGGCUGUUCGGCAAAGCCACCGAUGACUUCUCGGACACGGGGAAGCUGGUGGAGAAGACGACAUUUGAUCAUAUCACAAGGGAGAAGCUGGAACGGAUUCUCGCUGUCAUUCAAGGAACGAAUCAUAAGGCCCUGCUGAUGCAUUCUAACAUCGAUAUGAAAACACAAGAGGCCUACGAGCUGGCUGUCAGAGGCUUGAUUCGCCCCAUGGGGAAAAGCCCUCCCAUAAUCACAGCAGUCCGAUGCCUCCAGUUUGCACCUCCAGAGUUCCAGCUAGAAAUCCACUGCAUGCAUGAGACCCAGCAGUACCUCCGGAAGGUGGUCCAUGAGAUAGGUCUGGAGCUGAAGUCAUCCGCGGUGUGCACACAAGUGCGCAGGACACGCGACGGGGUCUUCACGCUGGACGAUGCUCUCCUGAGGAGCCAGUGGAGCCUGCAGAAUGUUCGCAGUGCGAUUUGGAGCUGCCAGUCCAAGGUGCAAGCAGAGAUAGAGAGAACGUUGGGCCAUCAGGAUGACAGUGCCCUGCCUCAGCUGGAUGCGGAGGCGGCCCACGCUGCCGACAGCUGAGUGCGUGCAAUGCAGGGAACAUCCACAAGCAAUCUCUGGAGCACCGUAACGCAGCUGCACGCUGACAGGGUGAUGGGCAGCAGUAGGAAGGAGGUUAAUUGCAGUUCGCUUCCACCCUUCUUGAGAUGGCUUGAAGCAGGGAGGCAGUUUCCCAGUGACAGGCUGUGUUAUUUUCUUCAAGCCUUGCAAACAGUUCAUUAACAGGAGCGAGCUGUGCCAAGAUUCCUGGUGACUUUGGGAACAUGAGGUUGCUAACGGAUAUCAAACCCCAUCCCCAAAUUGUUUAGCAGCAGGAAACAGCGCCUUGGAGAGCUGCAGUCACUUGAUUGCACAGAUUUGUUUGUUCCUUGCAGCGAGCAGCAGAACUUACCCACUUUGUUUUCCCUCUGUUGUCCUAAAGCAUUCUCUUUCUAUUAGCCCUGCUUUCAGACAUUGAGGAGCUCAAAAUCAGACUAAAAGAGGGAUGUGCUGGAGGGAACGCAGCUUACACAAAGCAAUGCAAGGAAACAGUUAUAUCCAGAGUAGGCGUGAGCGAUGGGAAAGUGCCUUGUAAUAGAGAUUGGUGUGUAAGAUACACAAGAAAUAAAACUGAAAGUGCCCUAAAUGGGAGGAUAAA